AUGGUGGCCAUCAUUGCUUGGCUGCUAGUGACUGGAGCAGCUGCCAGCGGCUGGAAGGACUGUGGUGAUGAUUGGACAGGCUGCUGCAAGCAAGAUGCCAAGUAUUCUGCAGUGAAGCCAUUGGUGACCUUCACCAACGUCACGGAGCUCAAUGCACGUGGAGAGGCCGAUGUGGUACAUAUCAAUGACCCUUUCUUCACCAUUGAGGUGAAAGGUAAGUCUUUGGCCCAAGAGACCAUCUCCAACAUCACUGUGCAAAUCCGUGGCUACUGGUCGCUCUCACAACAAGGCCCCUGGCUACGAUACGUGAACGUACGGAAGGACCUCUGCAGCGACAAGGAUGUGGUGGUCCGGAAGGGCUUCUGCCCCAUGACGCCAGGUGCUGAGAUUGACAAGACGCCAGGCCCGCUCUACGAACGCUCGGGCCGCUGCACCGAGGGCUCCGAAGUCUACUCCUUUGGCAUGGUCAUGCUGGAGAUCAUGACAGGCUUGGCGCCUUCGUCCACUGACCCUUCAGCUCCAGGAGGCAUCUCCUAUCCAAUUGCUGAGCGUGUUGCACCCAACUGCCCUGGAGCACUCGAGCGCAUGAGGUGUGGGGACGUGACAGCUGAUUGGCCACCGGCUCUCUUCCAGGAACUGGCCUUGACUGCACUGCGUUGCGUGAGCACAGAAGAGCGCCACCGUCCUGGCUUUGUGGACUUGGUUCGCUUGCUGAAAGUCCUUGUUGAACGUUUUCCCAAACCACUCGGAAACCAGGCCUGCCAGGCCUGCCAUGCGCCCAGCUUGAGGCUAUCGCACACACCAACUACGCCCGCCACGCUGCCUUCGCAAAAGACGAAUCGGUCACCCAGAAUGUCUACAGCCUUCGUAAGGACGCCUGACAAGGAGGAUGCCAACGGACACUUUGUGCUGGAGUUGUUGGACUCCGCAGGCUGCAAGACCGAGGCUUUGGCUUCGAACUGGCGGUACCUCCCCUUGAAGCGAGGCACUGGCAGCUUCAACUCAGCAGCUGUCGGGCGAGAUCUACAAAGUUCGAUUUUCGAGGCCUGGUUGCCAACACCGCGUGCUUGCUACCUUUCUCGCAAAGCAAUCGAGAUUCAAUGGGACUCCUCUGGUGAGGCGAAGCUGUUGGCCUGUGGCUCCAACCCUUUGCUGGUAGAUGGACAGCUCUUGGAGCGAGGACGGGAAGCCCCGCUGCGACGUGGCUCAGAGAUCACCUUUGGCUAUGAGGGGAAGGUUUUGCUGCGGCUGCGGUUCAUGGCCUAUGAAGAUUCGUCCUUCACCCCGUUGUGGUGUGUCGAGCGCUCUCGCCGACUUGAUGCCGAUGACUUGGCCGGGGGCGCCGAUGUCGGUGUGGCGUUGAAUCGUCGAUGUGAUCGUGAACCAGCAUACACCAAGGCCAUCCGUGUGGCGGGUGAGCAUGGAGCUUGGAAGGAUUCGGUAGCUCUACUUGAGGAGCUCAAGCAAAAGCGCUUGUCGGCAGACGCUGCGGUCUACAGUGCUCUGAUGGUGGCUGCUCGGGCUCACUGGCCACUGGCGAUGGCAAUGCUUGGGGAAUCCAGUGCACAAGGCAACUUGAUUGUUUGCAAUGCCGCGAUCUCCGCAUGUAAGAGCACCUGGCUGCGUGCUAGCGUUCUUUUGGAUGAGAUCUGGCAUCAAGGCCACCAAGCAGAUCUGAUCUCCUACAGUUCCAACGUCAUCUCCUGUAGUGAAGCAGGGCAGUGGCUUCAUGCAUGCAGUCAGCUUCAAGAAUUCAACCUCCACCAGUUGAGAAGGAAUUCAAUCUCUUGCAGCUCAGCUUUGCGAAGUUGCAACCCUUGGGUCGCCAGCAUGAUGUUGAGGGAGGCUGAAGAGGAACAUGUUGAGACCAACGUGGUUUGUUACACAGCAGCCAUAAGCAGAAGCGAUGGCUCCAUUGGUGUUUGGCUUCUAGCCAUGUCUUUGAUUCGAACACUGCAAAACAAACGGCAGCAGGGGAAUAGCAUUUCCUUUAACUCUGUGAGCAAAGCCUGCGCCGCACAGACACAAUGGACCACUGCAUUGUUCUUCUUAGAGCUCUUGAGGCACAGAAGCUUGAAAGCAGAUGAUUUCAGCUACAACACGUCCAUUGAUGCGCUCACAGGUACAAACCUAUGGUGCGUGGUCCUAGGCCAUUUGCAAGAGAUGGAUCAGAAGAAGAUUCGACUGGAUGGCAUAUCCUUUAGCUCGGCCAUGCUGGCGUGUGGCGUGCGCUGGGAGGCCGCCUUGGUUUUGUUGCAGGACAUGCAUUGGCGGCGGGUGCGGCGUAGCCAGAUUGACCUGGGUGCUGCUUUGCAAGCUUGUGCUAGCUGUAGCCAGUGGCGACAAGCUUUAUCUUUGUUGCAGCACUUGGAGGCCACGGGGUUGGAAUUAGAUGUGAUUUGCUACAGCGGCGUCAUCACAGCAUGCAGCAACGGAAGUGAGUGGCGACAAGCUCUGGCAGUGCUUGAGAUCAUGAAUCGCACCUCCUUGGCAUCAAAUAUUGUCCCCUAUACUGCCGCCAUGAGUGGCUGUGGGAAAGCCAAGUAUUGGCAAGCUGCAAUGGCCCUUCUAGAAGACAUGGAGCUGAAGAUGUUCGAGGUUGGCAUCAUAUCACUGAAUUCAGCUAUCAGUGCUUGUGGGGAAGCAGCAUGUUGGUUAAUGGCCUUGGGAUUUCUUGAAGCACUUGAUGAACGAUUGCUUCAAGGAAACUCCAUCUCCUUCAAUGCCUCCAUUGUUGCUUGUGGUGCUGUGGCCCAAUGGCAGGCAGCACUGGACAUUUAUCACCAAAUGGACGACCAGUCAGUGCCAGCAAGUGCAGUGACAUUCAACUCCAUAAUGCUUGCAUGCAGUAAUGCUCGGGAAUGGCAGGCAGGGCUGAUGUUGCUGCUGAAUUUGAAGGAGCUGCGAGUACUCCCAGAUGCUGUCUCGUACAGCACCACCAUUUGCGCCUGUGGUCUCGGAAGUGCAUGGCAGACCGCAUUGUCCUUGUUAAGGUCGCUUGAACAUCAGAGGCUCUAUGAUUUGCUGUGCUUCAGCUCUGCUAUAACUGCUUGCGACAGUGGGGGCCAGUGGCAGCGUGCCUUUCAGAUCUUUUGGGAAGCACGAGCCCAGACCGAGCUCGACGUCAUGUGUCACCGUGUGGCUGCACGUGCCUUGGACGAGAUCUAUGAAUGCCCACAGCGCUGGAAACUGGUGCAGGGCCUCUUUGUGGAUCUGGGGGAUCGGGCGUUGGAAGCAGACCUGGCCAUGCACACAACAGCGGCCAAAUGCUUGGGCGAGGGCCCCUCCACGCUGCCGAUGUUUUCGUACGCGGCUGCUGGUUUGAGUCGGGUAUGCGUCGAAUCCUUGCGAAGCUGA